AUGGCGGACCAGGCGCCCCAAGUUCCCGAGGACAUGUUCAGGGAGGUCAAGUACUACGCGGUGGGCGACAUCGACCCGCAGGUGAUCCAGCUGCUCAAGGCCGGCAAGGCCAAGGAGGUGUCCUACAACGCGCUGGCCUCGCACAUCAUCUCGGAAGACGGGGACAACCCCGAGGUCGGGGAGGCUCGGGAAGUCUUUGACUUACCUGUGGUGAAGCCGUCCUGGGUGGUCCUGUCUGUGCAGUGCGGAGCGCUCCUGCCAGUGAACGGCUUUUCUCCAGAGUCCUGCCAGACCUUCUUCGGAGUCACCGCCUGCCUGUCUCAGGUGUCCCCGGAAGACAGGAGCGCCCUGUGGGCCCUGCUGACCUUCUACGGGGGGGCCUGCCAGCUGAGCCUCGACCGGAAGUGCACGCACCUGGUCGUCCCGGAGCCGAAGGGGGAGAAGUAUGCCUGUGCCCUGAGGAGAGCAAGCAUCAAAAUCGUGACCCCGGACUGGGUGCUGGAUUGCGUAUCUGAGAAAACCAAGAAGGACGAAGCGCUCUACCACCCUCGCCUGAUUGUUUACGAGGAGGAAGAGGAGGAAGAGGAGGAGGAGGAGGAGGGCGAGAACGAGGAGCGCGAGUCCCCCAAUGAGGGCAGCUCGGACGACAAGUCAAGUCCUGCCAGCUCUCAGGACGAGUCCCCCCCCGGGGACCAGCCGUCCUCGCCCAAGCCUCACACCGAGAGAACCCAGGGCGCGCUGAUGUUCGACGACUCCUCAGACUCAUCCCCGGAGAAGCAGGAGCGGAACCUGAACUGGACGCCCGCCCAGGUGCCCCAGCUGGCGGCAAAGCGCAGGCUGCCCACCGGCAAGGAGCCCGGCCUGAUCAACCUGUGUGCCAACGUGCCGCCCGUACCCGGGGGCAUCUUACCUCCCGACGGCCGCGGGGGCGUGAUGGCCGCGGGGCCACCCCUCCCGAGUUCCGACAGGCCAGACGUGCUCGCCGCCUGGAGCCCCGGCGUGCGGACUCUGAGAGCCCUGGGCGGCAGUGCGGGCGUCCCGCAGAUCCUGCAGUCCCUGGCUGCACCUGCCAAGCACCUGGAGCAGCAGGUGGGCCACGGCCCACAGGCCCACGCGAGCGCCGGUGCCGUGCUGUUCAGCUCCGCGAAGGGGGCCCUGGAGCCGCCGCCCGUGCUGCACCUUCCACCCCAGCAGAUCAUGCAGCUCCAGCCGCCGCCACAGGGCCCGCCGCCACCCCCGUUCCCGCAGCCGCAGCCCGUGCCGCCACCCCCGUUCCCGCAGCCGCACCGCCCGCAGCAGCUCCAGCCCCUGCAGCACCAGCUGGCACAGCUCCAGCAGCUGCAGCGCCUGCACCAGCAGCAGCAGCAGAUGCAGACGCACGCGGCACAGCCCCAGGCCCCGCCCCCGCAGCCCCCGCAGCCCCACCAGCCGCACCAGCAGCACCAGCUGCACCAGCCGCACCAGCCGCUCUUCGGACACGACCCCGCAGUGGAGAUUCCCGAAGAAGGCUUCCUCCUGGGCUGUGUGUUCGCCAUCGCCGAUUACCCCGAGCAGAUGUCUGACAAGCAGCUGCUGGCCACCUGGAAAAGGAUCAUCCAGGCGCACGGCGGCGCUGUGGACCCCGCGCUCUCCGGCCGCUGCACGCACCUGCUCUGUGAGAGCCAGGUCAGCGGGAUGUUUGCACAGGCCGUCCGGGAGAGGAAGCGCUGCGUCACCGCGCACUGGCUCAACACCGUGCUCAAGAGGAAGAAGCUGCUGCCCCCGCACCGGGCCCUGCACUUCCCCGUGGCCUUCCCACCCGGAGGCAAGCCCUGCUCCCAGCAUAUCAUUUCUGUGACCGGGUUCGUGGACGGGGACAGAGAUGACCUGAAGCUCAUGGCCUACCUGGCCGGGGCCAAGUACACGGGCUACCUGUGCCGCAGCAACACCGUCCUCAUCUGCAAAGAGCCGACUGGUUUGAAGUACGAGAAGGCCAGAGAGUGGAGGAUCCCCUGCGUGAAUGCACAGUGGCUGGGGGACAUCCUGCUGGGGAACUUCGAGGCGCUGCGGCAGGUCCAGUGCGCGCGCUACACGGCCUUCAACCUGCCCGACCCCUUCGCCCCCGCCCCACAGCUCGUGCUCGGCCUCCUGGACGCGUGGAGGGUCCCCGUGAAAGUGUCGGCAGAGCUGUUAACGGCUGUGAGGCCGUCCCCCAAACUGAAGCAGAGCGAAGGGACCGGCGUGCAGCCGUGCUCCAAGAGAGCCAGAAUUGAAGACGUGCCGCCGCCCACUAAGAAGCUGGCUCCGGAGCUGACGCCUUCGGUGCUGUUCACUGGGUUCGAGCCUGCCCAGGUCCAGCAGUACCUCAAGAAGCUCUACAUUCUCGGUGGCGACAUUGCCGAGUCCACGCCCAAGUGCACGCACCUCAUCGCCAGCAAGGUGACACGCACGGUCAAGUUCCUGACGGCUGUGUCUGUGGUGAAGCACAUUGUGACCCCCGAGUGGCUGGACGAGAGCUUCAAGUCGCAGAAGUUUAUUGACGAGCAGACCUACCUCCUCCGGGAUGCCGAGGCCGAGGUGCUGUUCUCCUUCAGCCUGGAGGAGUCCUUGAAAAGGGCGCACGUCUCUCCACUCUUCAAGGCAAAGUAUUUCUACAUCACGCCUGGGAUUUGCCCCAGUCUGUCCACCAUGAAAGCCAUUGUGGAGUGUGCGGGCGGAAAGGUGUUGUCCAAGCCCCCGUCCUUCCGGAAGCUCCUGGAGCACAAGCAGAAUAAGAGCCUGUCCGAGGUCAUCCUGAUCUCCUGCGAGAACGACCUCCACCUGUGUCGGGAGUACUUCGCCCGCGGCAUAGAUGUCCACAACGCAGAGUUCGUGCUCACGGGGGUGCUCACGCAGACGCUGGACUACGAGUCGUAUAAAUUCAACUGACUGUCCCCGCGGCGCCCGGUCCGGAGCGCAGGGUUUUCCAGCUGCAGCCACAGGGACAGGCGCGUUCAAGCCGGAGAACAGUGACGAUUAUACUACAUCUUUUAAGAUGUGUGAUUUUAUUGAGCAACAUAAAU